UUGUUGUUGUGUGUGUUGUCUCGUUGUACUCACGGUUGUAGUCUUUGGUUGUGUGACUCUUGUAGUAAUGUUAAUCCUGUCUGCAUGGAUAGAAAAUUAAUUCUUGUUCUUGUCAAAGUGUUGGGAACAAGAUGCUUGUAUGCGUAUCCAUCCUGUUCUUACUGUCGGAAGAAGGUUCGAGCAAACGACCAACAUAAUGGAAGCCUAUGGUGCUCAUCUUGCAAUAUAUCUUAUGAUGAAGAAAUGGUUGAUUACAGAUAUCAUGUGAAUUUAAAUGUAUUUGAUGGUCAAUCUUUUGCUAAUGUUACUAUAUUUGGCGAAUGCUGGAAUGCAUUUUUUGGACUGAAUGCCACAGAGUUUUGUAGGUAUGUUACAAAAUGUGAAACUAAGGCCUCCAUUAAGGGAGUUGAUAUGAACCAGGCGGUUCAUUCAGCCAUGGAGAGAUGUUUGGUCGGUGAAAUGGUGAAGCUUGCUUUUCAGCAAUACAGUUGAGCACAAAGAUGGAACUUCAAACAUUUCCUUUGAUUGCACUGAAAGUCCUACAUUAACUCGUGCAGAUGAUGACGUAAAGGACGUGAGAAUAGAAAAAUCUGUAUUUUAUUUAAGUGACAUAAACCAGUCAGUUAGUUACGCUACCGAUAAAAAUCAACCGCUUGUAAUGACUUGCUUAAGUAUGAAACAUCAUAGAAAUAUCUCUGAAGUCGAAGGUUCCCCGGAUUUAUUUAUCUCGCUGAAGAAAUCUCAAGAUUUUAAUGAUGAUUUUCCAAAUACUUUAAAAGAAUCAGGAAGAAAAAGAAAAACGUGUGAUAAUAUCAUAUUUGAUUCUUUAUUUUCCGAAGACUUUGAUGCUUUCAUUGCAGACAUCAGUUCAAGUUGCUUUAUGACAAAAUCAUUGAAAGCUGAAGAUAAAUCACCUUCAGUAGACAGCACAUUUUAUGGUGUCGAAGAUUCUAAGUCUCAAUUAACCAGCACACCAUGCGGGGUAAACAAUUGUAUUCCUUUCUCGCGUAUUUCGAAUGGGAUAAAAUGUUCUCCAAUUUGUUUCAAAUCAACUCCUAAAUCUCACCUGAUUUGUUCUCCCCACGUUCGAGAUAUGAAUCCAAAUAGAGAUGGAAAGAAAACAUCAAGAAAUUUACAAUAUUGUAAUUCUCCAAAAUAACAGUUUUCGUGCUAUUUUUGCAAUAUAUGUAUUACCUCCAAUUAAAUGUUAUCAAAAGCCAAGAGGUGAGAGACCAAAAUCGAGUUAAGAAACAUGAUGCAGCUUUGUUCAAAACAAAUAAAAAUUCAUUAGUCAAA